UAUUCAAAUUGGAAAAUUUGUACCACUACGUGUCGUUGCGUAACCCAAGAAAAUAUUAACAAAAUAUAAUGCCAGUCUUAAUGCUUUUUUUUAAGAACAAACACCCACAACACUCAAUAGUUUUUACCUUUUGUAUAGGAAAAAACUGACUUUUUCGCGAAGGUUGUAGUUGAGAAUAAUCUCCAAAACAUUUGGAUCCUCAUUGACCGUCGACUCAUUGUUAUUUGAUGGCGUUGAUAUAUUGUUAGUAUCUGAAAAAUCUUUAAAGAAAAUCAAUUGAGAACAUUAUCACAAAAAAAACUUUUUUAAAGUACCUUCUUGUCCAAUAAUUCUUAUAACACAGAGCACAAAAGUCACUAGUCUCAAAAUCAUUGUCACUGACUGAAAAACUCACGCGUCUCAUUGCCAGGGUUGAGCACAAAAGUUAAUUUUUGUAGGAAUUCCCUCUCAAAAAUUGCCACUAUGAGUCAAUGGAUAGUGUAACCUGUUGUCACUUGAUAGCAUUUCCGGAUAGCGAUCUAAAUACAAAAAUGUUGGCAUUAUGGGCAACUAUUAUUUUCAUUUUUUUUGUGUUUAUAUGUAGAAGCCCAAAAAAGCAGCUACGGUGUUUAUCAAGAAUCUCAAUUGAGGUAUGAAAUGCACAUCGGUCAAGGGUGCUUAUCGGAAAUCUCCCAUGAAAAGCUGCCUGAUAAGCAUUUCCAAUUCCCGAAAGUCAAUCAAUAAGUCCAAGUUUCACCAGUGGGCUUCCAGUUGAGCGGUGAUAUUACCAAAGUUAAGGUGUUUCAGUUGUGGUUUAAGCGAGUGUGGAAAAUUAUUCUUAAAAGUUUUUCCGAAGUUUUUUUUUUAUUGUGGAAAAGUUUUUGAACAUGGAAGAUAUAUGGAGCCUUGGAAAGCUUCCUUAUGAGGCGGCAAAACCCUUUAAGAAAAAAUCAAUUACGGAUAACAUGAAGAGUCUCCUUCAAUUCUGCCUGGACCUCCUUAAAUUUCUCAUUCUCACCAUUCCUAUCUUAGCUAAAUAUCUCAAGGAAAUUUUCGCUCCACCCGAAAUGAAGAGAAUAGCAGGGCAAUUGGCUUUGGUAACAGGUGGUGGAAAUGGUCUUGGCAAGGCAAUUUGCAUCCGUUUGGCCAAAGAGGGAUGCAAUGUUGCCGUUGUGGAUGUUGAUUUGCCAGCUGCUGAACGUGUUGCUGGUGACAUUAAGAGUUUUGGCAUAAAGUCAAAAGCCUACAAAGUCGACGUGUCCAAUUAUGAAGAAGUCAGAAAUCUGAGCCAAGAAGUUGAAGAUGAUUUAGGUGCUGUGGACAUUCUCGUGAAUAAUGCUGGAGUAAUGCCAGUCAUCUCCCUCAUGGAGGGCAGUCCGAAAGACAUUGAAAAAAUCCUCAGUGUUAAUCUCACUUCACACUUUUGGACGGUGCGAGUAUUUCUCGAGAGCAUGAUAAGGCGCCGAAAGGGGCAUAUUUUGGCUAUCUCUUCGCUCUCUGGUCUUGAUGCUGCUGGAAGGGCUGUUGCAUAUUCUGCUAGCAAAUUCGGUGUUCGAGGCUUCAUGGAGGCUCUCAGGGAAGAGAUCCGUUUGAAUGGAAAUGGUGGAGAAAUUUUUACAACGACCAUUUAUCCCUACUUCAUUUCAACUCGCAAGGAUUUGAUGGAAAAGAUGCAGAAGACAAGUCUUUUUCAACGGUUUCCACCACUUAUUCCCGAUGAUGCUGCUGACAUUGCUGUUGAUGCAAUGUUGGAGAAUAAAAUUUCCAUUACCAUCCCAACAGUUUGGCCAAUAAGUCGAGUUAUUUUCAAGUGUCUUCCAUCUCGAAUUCAAGACUUAGUGAGGGAAGUUCUUGUGAAGGAGUACAUCCCGCGAAUUCAGCUAUAACCUGCACGUCAGAAAAAAAAGAUGAUGAAUCAAUAUGAUAAUUUUGUGAGUUUUUUUCUGCAAUAAUCAUAAACAAUUUAGUACAGAGA